AUGGAAGGAUGCACAGUGGAUAAAGAUGAAGGAACACUUUCCUUUGCGCGUUGGGCCUACGACGAAGCCAUGCGCCGCUGGGAAAUUAUCAUGCACCCAUACACUGAUUUGACCGUCGAACCUAUCUGGUAUCUAAAGGAGCCGGUCAUUGAACCCCUGAUGUCGAUUCUCAUGCAAAAUGACCACAUCGUCGAUCCCGGUGCACUAUCGAGAUUCACAUGGGAACGAGAUUUCUACGAUAUAUUGGCCGACAAAUGGAUUGUUUGGACUGACUCCAAUUCUCUCAAAGAAGGACAUUUGCACACCAAAACCAAGUUGGGUGGUGCAAAAGACAAUACUUCAGAUAAUAUAAGGGCUCUCAUCCACAGGCACAGGCAGGGUUCAGAUAUUGUAGCCCGCUUGUCUCCGGGUGAAAGCAAUGGCUGCCCUCUAUUGGUCUCGCAGAGAGGAUUACGACUAGCGCAAGCUCGAAGAGAACUGCGCAAUAACAAACGGGUUUCAAGACAAGUUGCACCUUGGUUUCCAGAGAAUGCGGAGGUUGAUGCUAUUUUCGACGCAUGGCAAAGGAAUAUUCUGCUCGAGACCAAACGGGUCCCCCAUGACAACAUCGAUAACAAUUAG